AUGUUACGCCCAAAGUUCAAAAUCUCUUCCUUCUUAAGCUCGCUAGCAACCCUCAUAACCACUCCAAUUAACCAUGUAAACGCGGCUUGCAUAGAAGUACCACAAGACUACGUUCCCGGAGAAUGCAGUGUCGCAGUCAUGUGGCACAAAAUAACCCUCUAUGAAAUCGAAUACCGAGAAAGUCGCGAGGGAAUGAUCACAGACUGGAUUUCAGCCAACAUACGGGACCCGCUAAAUAGGCAGAUCACAAAUAAUGUAUACGUAAACUGCAGGGGGUAUCCGGGAAUGGAGUGCGUAUUCAAUUCCGGUACGCCUCAACAGUUGGUGAUCAGUCCGCAACAUCGACGGGAAUAUUUACAGUUCUGGUUUGGAGACUUGGGAUGGAAUACUGAUCCUGAACCGAUGGCGGGUCCGACGUUCGUGGGAGAGGGUGCGAAGGAUAGGAGACCUUAUUGUGGGGUUUAUACGGAUUGGAAAUUACUUGAAUAUGAUGGUGAUGAUAAGAAGUCGUAUAAAGAUGAUCCUGACCGCACUGUGAAUACUAUUCAUUUCCAUCAAACCAUAUCAAUGUGCGCCACCUCCAAAUGCAACGACAGUGACAGCGACAAUGACAAAAACAAAAACGAAAUUAUAUACUUCAUUGAAGACGGAGACGAAAUUAUAUACUUCAUUGAAGACGGAGACGAAAUUGUAUACUUCGUUGAAGAUAGAAACUAG